UCUUACUUAAUCUCUUUCACUGCGGUGGCACAGGUUCGAUCCCUGGCCUGGGAACUUCCACGCCCCAUGGAAAGAAAACGAAAAAAGAGAAGCAGCUUACAGGCGUGGGGGCAGGUAAUCUUUAGAUGGUGGAAGAUCUCUCUGAGGAGUGAAUAUCGAUCAGCAAAACCUGGAGAAACAAAAGAAACUCAUGAAAACUUCCUGGAGAAUUCACACCUUCAGGUCCAAAUUGCGUUAAUAUUUGGUGCAAAGAUAUUAGACUAUGUCUUCAAUUUAUGUGAAGGUAAAUUUGACUUCCUUGAGCGGCUCUCAGACAAUUUGCUCCUGAGUAUCAUUUCGUAUCUGGAUCUCGAAGACAUUGCCAGGCUUUCUCAAACAUCACGAAGAUUUGCCAAGCUGUGCACGUCGGACAAACUGUGGGAGCAGAUAGUCCAGUCGGCCUGUGACCACAUCACCCCGGACAUGAGGGCCUUGGCCGAGGACAUAGGCUGGAGACAAAUGUUCUUCACCAACAAGCUGCAGCUCCAGCGGCAUCUGCGCAAGAGGAAACAGCGCCACGGAAGCCAGAGAAGCAGUCAGCCUUAGGGACAAGCGUUCUUGCCCUCGGGGGAGUUGAGGCACGGCUGUGUUUUCCUUCUCUGUCCAAACCUCUGUGGCUUCCUUUGAUUAAGAACUAAGGUUUUACUGCUUCGAGGAGCCAGAGGGUAUUUGCACAGCCAGCAACCGCCUCUGCUGUGCCUGGCCUGAACCAGGGUCCCCCCACCAAGCCUGAGGGCCCAGUUGUGGCCCCAGCACAAGGACUGCAGGACCCAAAGCCCCCACGGCCUGCCCCCCAUAAGAAAAGAGGCUUCUGCUGCAUAGAAACAAUAAAUGAUUAUUAGCAAGUGUUCCUGAUAUGCAUAGUUUAUCUAGAUAUUGGAAAGGGGAACAGGGCUAUGGAAUUUUUCCUGGGGGUGUUGUGUCAUCUGAGUCCCUCCAAGACUAGGUGGCUGUGUGUGCCCACAGGGAGCUGAGAACAACUGGGGCCCAGGGGGGCCCCCAGUGAGUACAGCUGCCUUCUCAACUCUGCUAACUUUGUAUGCAGGGCCCCUAUGCUGUAGGCCCUGGGUGGCCGGGCUCUGUCCCCGCACGUGGACACCUUCUGACCUGGCUCCGGACUGUGGCUGGAGAGAAGUCUAAUGAUCUGUCUGCAGACCUUGUCCACAGUCCAACUUCUCAGGACUUGGGAAGUUGUCAAAUAAACCUAUAAACGGUUCUUA